AUGCAGCGAGGAUUCUCGAAACUACCUUUGGAGCUGUUUCUGAACGUCCUUGACCAACUUGUGGGUACCCGCGACGGCCGGCAGCCUGUAGCAUACGAGCCAUCAAGCAUCAUCACCAAGACAUUGCGCGCGCUCACUUUGGUAUCGUGCAAUACUUACCUCAUAGCCACAAGAUAUCUCUACUCUUAUUGCCUCUAUUUGGAUAGCUGUACGACUUAUGCGCGAUUUCGCAGAACACUGGGAUUAAAUCUUGGACAUCAUCCACAAACUCUCCGGUACGGAGAAGCUGGGCGGAACGACAGGUUAUUUGCAGAAGCCCAAGUUCUACGCAACAUCACGUCUAUCUUCAUCUCACCAGUAGAGGUACAAAGGCUGAUAGAAGAGAAUUAUACGCCUUUGGUGCGACUACCACAGGUAAUCGACCUCUGCAGCCUGAUUGGACCAACGCUCAAGAGGCUGGCUUUGGACCUGUCUCCAAUCUAUGCGACACCAAGCGAAGUCGAGCAGAUCAGACCUCAUGUCACUGAGAAUAAUGUCUUCGCACAUAUGCCGCACCUGGAAGAACUUAUCAUUAGCUACGAUGUCCUCAACUACUUUCGACAUCCACCACCCAAUCUGAAACGGCUUGCCAUCACUGCCCAGGAACUUACGGAUCUUGAGGUAGCUUUUUGUCUCAAGAUACCGUCACUACAAACGCUAGUCAUGAUGCGGCCCCUCGAGUUAGCAGCCAAAGAUAUCGAUGUCAUGUUCAGAUCAUACAAUGGCAAAAGUUUGGACACUAUUCUAAUCGAUGUCAACUCAAACCAUCGGACUCCAAAGGAGACGCGGAGCUGGAAGGACACCGACGCAGUGCGCAUUUGGGAAGUUGAUGUACCGGUCAGCUUUUAUGGCGACGAGGACGAGAUUGUACUAUGCGAUAAUUGGAUAUGGACACAUGGUGUCAAAGGAACCCUAUGGAGUCAAGACAAGCGACGUAUGGCGUCGUGGGAGGAGAUUGAGAGGCGUUUGGCCGGGCCAGUACAUACAAUCGUGGACGUGUAG